AUGAAGAGUGCGCGCAGUCGCGAGAGCUCUCGCCUGCUGUCGCUCCCCGACGACCUUCUCCAGCGCGUUUUCGCGCGCAUCGACAACCCGCGCGAUCGCUGCAGUUUCGCUCUCUCCUGCUCUCACCUCCGCCGCCUUUCCCGCCGCGCGCCCCACUCCCUCCGUCUCCACUUCUUCGCGAAAAAACAAGGCGUCACUGCCCGGGAAUGGCUGAAGAACUUCGACAUUUAUUCCGGGGUAUUUACCCAUAUAAUCGACCUCACGGUGGAGGUUAGCUGCGCCACCAUCGACCAGCUGCUGGGGGGAAUCGGCGCGGGCUGCCCGAGACUGGAAAGAUUGAAGCUCGUGUCGGUGCGCAACCCGCGGUUUCAGAUCAACGCCACGGCUUGGAGGAAGCUCGCGCGGCAAUGCCCCCGCAUAUCAUCACUGGAGCUCGACUCCCCACUCGACCGACGGUUCAUCGAGCUCAACGAAACGCCGCCACCCCCAGUAGACGCCUUCCCUUCGCUGCGCUCACUCACGCUCCUCUACCAGCCCUCGCACUACCGCUUCAUCCCCCGCUGCUCCUCCCUCACCUCCCUCACCCUCUGGGGUCCCAACGCCUUCAUCCUCUUCUCCCUCGCCUCCUCCUCCUCCCCUCUCCGCCUCUCCCUCUCAUCCCUCACCAUCCACUCCGGUUUGCUCGAAGCCGCUCUCACGCCUCUCACCGCCUUCCCGCGACUCACCUCUCUCGCCUUCCACUCCUGCAGCAUCGAUCCCUGUGAGCUUCACGCGCUCUCUCGCUCCCUCCACACGCUCACCCACCUCGCUCUCCACGACUGUCCCUUGGUCUCCAGUCAUUCCCUCGCCGCUUUGGUCGAAACCAAUCCGGCUCUCUCCUCCCUCUCCCUCCACUCCGCUUCCUACCCUCUCUUCGCCGCACAAGGCCUCCGCAAUUUGUUUCUUUCGUCCUCCUCCCGCCUCCACACGCUCACUCUCUCCGGGCUGCCCGCGUUCCGGCCGGGCACGCUUGCACGCUGCAGCAGUCUGAAGCGUCUCACGCUGAGAGGGAGGGUCGAGGCGAGGGAGAGUGUAUCACCGUCUGUGUCGCCGUCUGUGUCGCCGUCUGUGUCGCCGUCUGAGUCGACGUAUGAGUCGCCGCAGGAGCCGUCUUUGGAAGGCCUUGUGGCAUUUCUGGUGCGCGUGGAAGAGAGGGGAGGCGGCGGAGGAGGAGGAGUGGAGCAGCAGGGGUUCUUUGAAGGAACGGAGGGAGAGGUCGAUGGAGUGGAGAGACCGGAAGGGAAGAAGGGCGGGGAAGGAGGAACAGCUGCGUCCGGUGGAGCAGCAGCAGCAGCAGCAGCAGCAGCAGCAGAAACAGCAGCAGAAACAGCAGCAGAAACAGCAGCAAAAACAGGAGAAGAACCAACGGCAGCAAGAGCUGGAGCAGAAAGCACAGCAGACGCAGCCACGCCAGUACCGACCCACAAGGGGAUGAGCAUGAGGUUCAACGGGGUCCGACGGUACUACAUGGAUAUCCGCACAGAAGCGGCAGCAGCACUCGCUGACAUGGCCGCAGCAAUUGACGAUUCAAGGGCCCUGCUGCUGACCACCGCUAGGCAGAAGCUCCGGAAAGCAAUCUCGGAAGCGCAGGAGAGUCCGCGCAUGCACGGGGAGUCUGCCCUCGCGAAUAUCCGCCGUGCGGUCAUUCUGGUGCGAGCGGCCAUGUCGUUCUGCCGGUGCGUGCGGCUGGCUUUGAUCCACGUGGACGGCCGGAUGGCACGCCAGGCAGCACUGAAAAAGGCCGGUUCUGCUGCCGAGUCUGCGGGUUUUUUCACCUCAGCAGCGGAUUAUGAGACAGAGGAGCGGGAGCGGGAGAGGGAGGGGCGGGAGGGAGCAGGAGGAGGGAAGGAGGUGGAGGAGCUAUUGGGAUUCGCCCCUGAGAGUGACCUGCCGGGUGAUCUGGUGGAGGUGAGCGAGACGCUGCUGGGGGAGCAGACGGGUGAGUGGCCUGCGUUUGUGGCGGUGUCGAGAGAAGACGCGCGCAGGCUGCUGCAUGUGCUGAGCGAUCAGCUGGAUGCGCACAUGGAGUCGUUCAUCCAUGCCUUUGAGGGCGCCACGCCCCUUGCUGUGAUCUGGGCUGCUGCGGCACCCGCGGCGCCCGUCGCAGUGCCGCCGCCAGUGCCUGGGGCUGCGGCGCCAGGGGCGGUGGCAGCAGGGGCAGCAGCACAUGGGGCAGCAGGGCAGCAGCACAUGCGGCGGUGGUAG